AAACUGGUAUUAAGAGAUAGCUCGAUUGGAAUAUAUUUUAACAUAAUGAGAAAAAUUUUAAUUUUCAUCACAUAAAAAGUAUAAGUUGAAAAUCAGUCUAUUUAAUAUUUUAUAGAAUUGUACAAAGUUAACUUUUAAUAUAAAGUUUUAUGGGCAUAUUUUACUUAUGAUAUAGGUUAUAAUUAAAUAGGUCGCCUAAAUUUCAAAAAUCACAUAUUUAAUUUAAUUUAUAAUACGUUCCAUGAAUAUGGACGAAGAUAAACUUAAAUGUGUUAAAACUAAGAAAGAAGGAAAGCUAACAUGGUCAGAAUUAAAAGGAGUUGUUAUCGAUUUACGUAGAAAAUUGUCUAGUCUUUCAUCUAUGGUGCCGACGUCAAUAUCGUUUCGACAAUUGCCAGAUGGUAGAACCAGAAUAUAUUUUUUGAGUACCCCACAAAAUAGUCGUGAAAGUACGUUAUUAUAUACAGAUGUUUCAAAUAACAGUCAAAGUGGUGGACAUAAAUUACAAUGGCAGCCCGUUAUUGAAGCAAAUUUUCCUAGUUUGCCAUCAGGAAAUAAGUAUUCACGAGAAGAACAAUUACUGUGGGAACGUAAACGAUUAGCUACUUGGGGUAUUACAUCUUAUGAAUUACAUAGUGCCUCAGGAAAAUUGAUUUUUCCUGCUGCAAGUAGUUUGUUCCAAUGUCGUGAUACAGGAUAUGCGGUGGGCCCUUUAUUUCCAACGGAAAUUCGAACAAGUUCAACAGGUGCAAAAUUAAGUCCUCAAAUUUGUCCAACUAAUCCAGAUUUGGUUGCAUACGUGUGUAACAAUGAUAUAUGGGUAUCACAUACUAUUUCAGGAUUUACAAAACGUGUUACGUUCGCUCAUAAAGGUGGUAGAAAUUUAGCUGAUGAUCCUUUAUCAGCAGGCGUUCCAUCUUAUGUAAUGCAAGAAGAAUUUAGUCGAUAUCAAGGAUAUUGGUGGCAACCAGUUUCUUCUGACGAUACGUAUCGGAUUGUUUAUGAAGAAGUUGACGAUAGUGAUGUAGAAAUUUUUUGUUUUCCAUCCUCUCAUACAAAUGAUGGUGAAGUUGAAGAGUUUCGUUUUCCUCGAGCUGGUGCAGCAAAUUCAAAAUCAAAUUUAAAAAUGAUACAAUUUCAAUUAAAUAGUAGUUUACAAAUUGUAAAUGUAGCAAUAUUAGAAUUACAAUUUACAUUAGCUAUGCUAUUUCCUUGGAUGGAAUAUCUUGUUCGAGUGGGAUGGACUGUUGACGGAAAAUAUGUAUGGACACAGUUACUGGAUCGAAAACAACAAAGAUUAGACCUCGUACUAAUAUCAAUUGAUAAUUUUGCGGAACCACCUCCAAACUUUUAUGAUGGUAUUAGUCGCAUACCAAAUGGACCAAAUCCAAUUGUUCAAGUAAUACUUAGCCAGCAAUCAUUACUUUGGAUUAACAUUCAUGAUGUAUUAUAUUUUUUACCAUCUUCUGAUCCAAAUGAAGUGAAAUUUAUUUGGGCAUCUGAAGAAUCUGGCUACAGACAUUUAUAUUUAAUUACAUCACAUGUAGCGAGUGUAAAUAAUGGUAGUAUUAGUGAAGAUUUAGCACCAAUGGAUUGUAUGUAUUUACAACCAAAAGUGUUACAACGUUUAGCAUUGACAGCCGGUGAAUGGGAGGUUGUUGGGCGACCGGUAUGGGUGGAUGUUGAACAUGAAUUAGUGUAUUUUCUUGCUUUACGUGAAAGUCCAUUAGAAAAGCAUUUAUAUGUGGUAUCAUUACGACGACCUGGUGAAAUACGAUUGUUAACGCGACCAGGAUUCUCGUAUAGUGUAGAUUUUAAUAAAGAUUGUACAAUAUUAGUAACAGUAUAUAGCAAUAUUCGAAAGUUACCAGCUUGUCAAAUAUUUCGUGUAACACAUCACGAUUGGACUGUGGAAGGUGUUAAUUUAACACCAAUUGGAUAUCUUUUAGAAUCGUCAACACCAGAAGAUGAAGCAUUAUGUCCAGAUUUAUAUACGCAUAAGAUAUCAACUGGUCAUUUAUUAUACGCAAUGGUAUUUAAACCACAUAAUUUUAAGCCAGAUAAAAAGUAUCCAACAGUAUUACAUGUAUAUGGUGGUCCAGAAGUUCAAUUAGUUUCAAAUACAUUUAAAGGAAUGCGUCAAUUAAGAAUGCAUAUGUUAGCUGCUCAAGGAUAUUGUGUAGUUGCAAUAGAUUCACGUGGUUCACAACAUAGAGGACAAUUAUUUGAAAGUUAUUUACGAUGUAAAAUGGGAACAGUUGAAUUAGAUGAUCAAGUUGAAGUAUUACAAAGACUUGCCUGCAAUUUAAAGUAUAUAGAUAUGAAUCGAGUGGCAAUACAUGGAUGGUCUUAUGGUGGUUAUCUUAGUUUAAUGGGUCUUAUUCAUUAUCAAAAUAUAUUUAAAGUUGCAAUUGCCGGUGCUCCUGUUACUAGUUGGUCGUUGUACGACACUGGUUAUACAGAAAGAUAUAUGGAUCUUCCAGAUCAUAAUCAGCAGGGGUAUACUGCUGGUUCUGUUUUAAAUCACGUACAUAAAUUUCCUGAUGAGGAAAAUCGUUUAUUAAUUAUUCAUGGUUUAAUCGAUGAAAACGUUCAUUUCUACCAUACAAGUCAAUUAAUAAGCAGCUUAGUAAAGGCCGGAAAACCGUAUCAACUGCAAGUAUAUCCAAAUGAACGACAUUCGCUACGACAUUUGGACGCUAGUAAACACUACGAAACAAUGUUACUAUCCUUUCUUCAAAAUUAUUUAUAACUGUUAUAUAACUAAUUAAGUCUUUCUAAUAUAUUCGUAAAUUGAUUUAUUUAAAUUAAAAAAGAAGUGUUCGUUGUACAUCGAAAUAAAACAAUUAAUAUCAACAACCAACCAACCAACAAAUUAAAUUCAAUAAAAUAAUAACCCGAUCAUCUUAGUCAAAAAAAAGUGAACAACCUCAGAAUCGAAUGUAAUCAGCUGAAUUUUUCUACAAACCUUUAUUUUGAUAGUACAAAUGUUGUCUCAAAAGUCACAUAUAGUCACGCGUGCGCCUUCUUAGAUAUUCAA